AUGCCACCAAGAUCGCGACAUCUUCGUAUCGGUGUCGAUGUUGGUGGGACAAACACAGAUGGCGUUGUGCUUGAUCCCUCCCGCGCGUCAGAGCCGGACAAAGGAAUAAUCGCGUGGCACAAGUCGCCGACGACAAAGAACCCAAGCGAUGGCAUCAGCAAUGCCAUCGUAACAAUGUUCGAGUCCUCCAAGACUGAGCCCAGCGAGAUUGCCAGCAUCACAAUUGGGACUACGCACUUUGUGAAUGCACUUGUCGAGAGAGACGAAUCAAGGCUGGCCCCCGUCGCUAUCAUAAGGCUAACAAGUCAAUUCUCCAAGCAUGAUCCACCAUGCCUGGACUGGCCCGAGGACUUACGAGACCUCAUUCUGGGGUACUACGCCCUCUGCAAGGGUGGACUGGAGGUUGAUGGUUCUUUGAUUUCCGAAAUCGACCCGGAAGAAAUCAAGGCACAGUGUGCCAUUAUCCGCGAGAAACGGAUCAAGAGCGUGGUGGUCAGCGGUAUUUUCAGCCCCAUUGACACGAACGAGCGUCAGGAGGAGCGAGCCGCAGACAUCAUCCGAUCGGAGCUCCCCGAAUGCACCGUUACCUGCUCUAAGGAUGUGGCAAACCUCGGAUUUCAGGAACGUGAGAACGCGGCGAUUCUCAACGCUACGGUGCUCGACUUUGCUCGCAAGACCAUCAGGUCCUUCCAGGAACCCAUGAAAAGGCUAGGCCUGCACUGUCCUGUCUUCAUCUCGCAAAAUGACGGUACCAUUCUCUCGGGUGAGAUGGCUGCCAACUUGCCCAUCAGAACGUUCUCAAGUGGGCCGACUAAUAGCAUGCGGGGAGCUGCUUUCCUGGUCCAGGACCAGAUUGACGAGGCGGUCAUGGUGGUCGACAUCGGCGGCACAACCACCGACGUUGGUCUUCUUCAGGCCAACGGCUUUCCCCGUCAACAGGCGGCCUUUAGUGAAUUUGCCGGGGUUCGCCUCAACUUUUCCUGCCCAGACGUUAAAAGUAUUGGCCUUGGCGGAGGGUCCAUUGUACGGAAGGGCGAUGGGAAGCUAACUGUAGGCCCGGACAGCGUGGGCUACAAGAUCAAAUCCGAAGCUCUCGUCUUUGGCGGUUCCACACUAACAGCAACCGAUUGUACCGUACUGGCGAAUAAGAACUCAUCCACAUCGAUCUCCCUAUCCAUCGGUGACGCUGAGCUAGUUGAGGGCGCCUUAGAUAGCGAGGGGCUGGCACGUUUCACCGCUACUGUUCGGCAGAAGAUUGAAAAGGUCAUUGACACGAUGAAGACCUCGCCCAAUGAUAUUCCCGUCCUUCUCGUUGGCGGUGGAGCAGUCAUCGCUCCAGACGAGCUAGAGGGAGCUAGCAAGGUGCUAAAGCCCGAGUGGGCUGGAGUCGCCAACGCCAUCGGCGCGGCCAUUGCACGUGUUAGUGCGACUGUUGACACCGUCAAAUCGACUGAGUCUAGAACGACGCAGGAGAUUUUGGAAGAAGUGGAAAAGGAGACUAAGGAGAAGGCCAUCGCUACGGGAGCCAUUCCUUCAUCCGUCCAAAUUGUUGACGUGGACACGAUACCUCUCGCUUACAUUGCGAACAAAUCGCGUUUUAUUGUUCGUGCAGCUGGAGAUUUUGACUUUUCUCGAACUGACUUGGCGUCUAUUCCUCUAAACGAUGAAGCAGAGUUACCACAGACUAACACGGCCCCCCAUACUCGGAGUAAAAGAACUAUCAAGGCCAAGUUAAAGAAGGCACCCGAUGUUCUGACUUACAAACCACGUGUCGAAAACCGUGUGUGGUACAUUAGUGAAACCGACCUCGACUGGAUUAGCAUUGGCUGCUACAUCCUCGGAACUGGUGGAGGCGGCUCUCCUUAUUCCCAACAGAUCAUUCUUCGCGAGAAACUUCGCAAGGGUGCGGUCGUGAGAGUAGUCAACCCCAAUGAUAUUCCCGACGACGCUCUAGUUGGUUGUGGAGGUUACGCUGGCUCUCCUACUGUGGCCAUUGAGAAGAAAUCCGCAGAUGAGAUGCAGGAGGCACAGGAAGAAAUGUGCAGGCAAAUCGGCCAACCCGCGACGCACAUGAUUGCCGUCGAAAUCGGCGGCGCCAACGGUUUGCAGAGUAUGAUGCUCGGAUCUAGCACCAACAUGAACGUGCCAGCAGUCGACGGAGACUGGAUGGGCCGGGCGUACCCUACAAAGUGGCAGACGACGCCUGUUGUUUUUAACGAGCGUAGUCCCAUCUGGACUCCCGUUACUAUGAGCGACGGCAACGGCAACAUUGUUACCAUGUCUCGCGCAUCUUCGGAUAAGCAGGUGGAGCGCGUCAUGCGUGCUGCACUGGCAGAAAUGGGAUCACAAGUUGCCGUCGCUGACCCUCCUGUGACGGGGGCGGAGACAAAGAGAUGGGUGGUAGAACAUACACUCUCCCAGUCAUGGAGAAUCGGGAGAGCAGUUGCCAAGGCAAGAAAGCUCAACAGGGUAGACAACGUUGCCGAGACCAUUAUUGAGGAGUGUGGUGGUCACGGCGCAGCGAAGGUCUUGUUCAAGGGCAAGAUUGUGGGCGUUGAAAGAGUAUUGAGAAAAGGUCACGUUUACGGCGAAUGCAUCAUCGAAGCUGCCAACGUUUCUGGUACGCAUGAUUCAAAUGGAGAGGGUGUUCAAGAGUUCAAGGGAUUUGUCAAAAUUCCGUUCAAAAAUGAGAACAUCGCCGCAAUCAAGACUGCUUCUGCUACUUCUGCUGCCGAUGAAGCUGGAAAGGAAAAGCCAGAGGAUGUUUUGGCCAUCGUGCCGGAUCUCAUCGCUGUUAUCGAUGCACAGAACGGAGAGGCCAUUGGAACGCCGGAGUACAGAUAUGGAUUGCUUGUUAUUGUUUUGGGCAUUGCAGCAAGCGACCGCUGGACUGCUUCAGAGAGAGGUAUUGAGAUCGGCGGGCCUAGCGCAUUUGGCUUCACCCAUUUGGAAUACAAGCCAUUGGGGAGCUUUGUGAAGCCUCAAAGUGUCAUUGAUGAGUAUGACACAGAGACGAAGGAAAGCUGCCUCUGUGGGAAAUGUAAAGAUCUAGGUUGGUAG